CCAAGAAGAGCCCCGUUAGGGUUUGCUUAUAAAAUUGUCACGAACAAAUCAAUUUCUGAUCAUCUCCCAGUAAAUUUCUCUUCUAGGGUUGCAAAGCCAAAAUCCAUCCCCCGUGAAAAUGUUGAAACAGCAGUUCUCCAUACAUGAAACAUCACAAUCAUCAAACCUAAUCCCAGUUGAUCUACUCAUCAAUAUAUUCUCUCUUGUCCCCGCAAAGUCCAUAGCUAGGUUUCGUUGCGUAUCAAAAUUCUGGGCAUCCAUCCUUCGUCGUUGUGAUUUCACUGAAUUGUUUCUGACAACCUCUUCCACUCGUCCACGGCUCUUGUUCACCUUCAAAGUUGGUGGCAAGUUGUUUCUAUACUCUACACAUCAGCCUCAUAAUCCAGAUGAUGAUAACUCUUCCCUUGUAGCCACCCGUUAUAAUAUGUCUUUUCCUGAAUAUUUUCCAUCUGAUGCAAGUACACCGGUGUGUGGACUGGUCCUGAUUCAGGGAUGGAGAAGAAAGAUGCGGGUGGUCUGUAACCCUGCCACGGGAGAGUUCCUAACCUUGCCCAAAGUGCUUCUGAGAGAAAAGAAUUUACUUGCUAAGGACACAGAAGCGAGAGACAAGAUUGUGGGAAUGUAUUUAGGCUAUGAUCCGAUGGGCAAACAGUUCAAAGUGUUGUGUAUGACUACGACCGCUUCACCUUAUGAAGUUAGAGACAAUACUCAUCAGGUUUUGACACUAGGGCCUGGAAAACGUUUUUGGAGACCGGUCGAACGCAAAUUCCAUUUUGAGGAAAACUAUAUAAUAAGUAAUGAGAUAUGCAUAAAUGGUGUUUUAUAUUUCGGAGAUUCUUCUAAGAUAGUUUGCUUCAACGUCGGGUCUGAGAAGUUCAGCUUUAUCAACACAAACAGAGAAAUGAGGUAUUCUACUUCUUUGUGUUCUUUGGUUUUGUUCAACUACAAAGGUAGAUUAGGUAUAUAUCAUCGGGAGAAGCUUUGGUCUAAAAUUAAUAGGAUUGUGUUUUGGGUUAUAGAAGAUGCUGAAAAUCAUAAAUGGACCAAGCAUAUCUGCCAACUGUUUCCUUUGGAGAAUAACAUGAUCGCAUAUAGGAGGUUCGUUGGAAUGACUAGUACAGGUAAAUUUGUGUGGUCAUACCGCGAACCACCAAACACUCUCUACCUUACCUUCUACAAUUCUGAAAGUGAAACUUUUACAAAAGUCAAUGUUCAGGGAUUUGACGAGUCUGAAGAGGUUGAGGAUGAUUAUAUAUUUAUUGAUACCUAUGUAGACUAUGUGGAGAAUAUGAAGUGGCUUAUGUAACUGUGUUCAAUGCUUUCAUAUAUCAUUACUUGAGACUUUGGAUUUCAACUCUAUUAUGUUAUUUAACGUUGUUUGGAUUUGGAUUCAAACUUUAUAGUUUUUUCUCUAAGGUGAGCAUUGAAAGC